CCUUGAUUGGAUCAAAGGAAGCGCACACUCAAAGAUAAUUAAAGAUGAAGACUAAAUAUGUUUUGGUGAUUGGUGGUGUUAUUUCAGGACUUGGUAAGGGUAUCAUUGCCAGUUCCGUCGGUAGAUUGUUGAAGGAAGCUGGUCAAAAUGUUACUAGUAUCAAGAUUGAUCCAUAUAUUAACAUUGAUGCUGGUACUAUGUCUCCUUAUGAACAUGGUGAAGUUUAUGUUUUAGAUGAUGGUGGUGAAGUUGAUUUGGAUUUGGGUAACUAUGAAAGAUUCCUUAAUUUGAGACUCCACUCUGAUAACAAUCUUACUACUGGUAAGAUUUACAAGUCUGUCAUUGAAAAGGAAAGAAGAGGUGACUACUUGGGAAAGACUGUUCAAGUUGUUCCACACGUUACUAACGAAAUUCAAGAAUGGAUUCGUCGUGUUUCUCUCGUUACUACAGAUGUUGCCAUCUUGGAAAAGCAUCCAUCAUCUAAUCCUGAUGUCUGUAUUAUUGAAUUGGGUGGUACCAUUGGUGAUAUUGAAGGAAUGCCUUUCAUUGAAGCUUUGCGUCAAUUCCAACAAAAGGUUGGAAGAGAAAACUUCUGUUGCAUUAUGGUCAGUUUGGCUCCUGCUAUUACUUCAGACAGUGAACAAAAGACUAAGCCAACCCAACAAUGUGUCAGAGAAUUGAGAGCUGUUGGUUUCUCACCAGAUUUCAUUGUUGUUAGAUCCGAAGAAGUUUUGCAAAAGGCUGUCAGAGAAAAGAUUUUCAACUUUUGUGGUGUUGAAAGUGUUGACCACGUUAUUGGUUGUCACAAUAUGAGAAAUCUCUUGGCUGUUCCAGAAUUGCUUGCUCAACAAGGACUCGGUAAAUUGAUUCAAAAGAGACUUGGUUUGCAACAAAAGAGUGAUUUGCAAUUCGAUCAAUUGCCAACAUGGUCCACUUUUGUUUCCAAGUUCGACCAAGUUGAUACUCAAAAGACUGCUACUAGAAUUGCCAUUGUUGGUAAAUAUACUGAACAACCUGAUGCUUAUCUUUCCAUUCAAAAAGCAUUCCAACACUCAAGCUUAAUGUUGGGAGAAAAGAUUGAACUCGUUUAUAUUGAAGCCAGUAAUUUGGAACCAACUGAAUGUACUGCUGAAGAUGAAACUUCUUCUCAAUCAUCAGAUACUGAAGUUUACUCGACUAAUUGGGAUUUGCUCAAAUCAUGCCAUGGUAUUUUGGUUCCAGGUGGUUAUGGUAUCAGAGGUACUGAAGGUAAAAUUGCUGCUGUCAAGUAUGCCAGAGAAAAUAAUAUUCCAUACUUGGGUAUUUGUUUGGGUAUGCAAUUGGCAGUUGUUGAAUUUGCUAGAAACGUUCUCGGAUAUAGCAAUGCCACUAGUGAAGAAUUCAAUGGUGAACAAGAAGAAUCAGAAAAGAAGCACAGAAAGAAGAGAGUCGAUCCAAAGAAUGUCAUUGUUUACAUGCCAGAAAUUUCCAAGACUCAUUUGGGUGGUACCAUGAGAUUAGGUUCAAGAACUACCAUCUUUGUCAAUUCACCUGUUGGAGAUGAUAGCGAAAUUGAAAACCUUGAAGGAUCUCUCUUAUCUAAGUCAAAGAUUUUCGAAUUGUACGGUAAGAAGCCAAGAACUAAUGAAAGACACAGACACAGAUAUGAAGUCAAUCCAAAUUUGGUUCCAGAAUUCACAAAGCAAGGACUUAUCUUUGUUGGUCAAGAUACCACCAGACAAAGACAAGAAAUUUGUGAAAUUUUGACUCAUAACUACUUUGUUGCUGUCCAAUACCAUCCAGAAUUCCAAUCAAGCUUGGAAAAUCCAAGUCCACCAUUUGUUGGUUUGGUUAAAUAUUCUGCCGAACAAAAGAGAAAGGUAGAAACUCAACAAUAAUUGCGAUGUAAAUAAAAUUUUGUACAAACAAACAUUCAGUUUGAACUUUAAUAAAUUAUUUUGUUGAGAUUUU